GAUCAUUUUGGUUUGCAAAUAUGCUCCGGGAGCACAUUUUCUCUGCUUCUCUAUUGUUUCUUAUCUCUGUGUCUGUUGGCUCGGCUGCCACGUGUCAUGGGGAGGAAAAGUUGGAUCCCAGUGGGAAAUUCUGCUACGUGGUCCAUACGGGCGCCGCAUCGUUCCAUGACGCUGAAAAAGCUUGCUAUGACUAUGGUGGCUACCACCUGGCCUCUGUACCAAGUAUGAUUGACAAUAAUUUCUUGUACAACCUCUCUAGCAACUCGAACGUUUGGGCCAACUACUUUUGGAUCGGGCUCACCGAUAUGACGGCCGAUGGCUCGUGGGAAUGGAUUGAUGGCUUGGAUUUGGUAUUUAUGAACUGGGCUUCAAGCUCAACUGCCGGCUAUUGCGGAGCCAUGCGUGCUGCAGAUGCCCGUUGGCAAGCCCAGGACUGCACUAAGCCUUAUCCGUUCUUUUGCUAUGGACCGGCUCUCGGAGCACCGACAAAUCCUCCGAAUACCCCCAAGACAACUCAGAAGCCUGUGAGAAAUCAGGAAAAUAUGAUAAAAUUCAUGGCUGAUGCCGAGUCUGUUGGUGAUCCAAAUGUCGACCCAAAUGCUUUGAGCUUUUACAAUAAGGAGCGGGAAUUUAUCCGAGCGGUGACGGAUUACCUGUUUGCAAACCCGACCAGUGAUGGAAAUACCUGUCUGUAUUAUAUGUCACCAGCUUUUUAUGGAUUCACCCAAUAUGAGCAACAAUUUGACACGAGCCCAGCAUGGAGCCACUACCAAUUUGACAAUCUCCUUGAGUCCAACGUUUGGGACCAGGGAAAGACUGACCAUGACUAUAAUAUUACCGACGCAAUAACCGGUGCUCAAAAGUUUCGGUGGGUCCCAUCGAUGAACAACAUCGGCUACACUACGUUGGUAUUUUUGACGGCUCGCCGCGAUUUUUCCGGAAUUCCGUCACUUUUCCAGCCAUUCCCAAAGUUCGAUGAAGUCGUCGUAAUAUCCUUGAAUGGGUCCCAAAUGCCAGGAAUCCCGGCUGGAGUCAAAAAUGUCGCGGUUUCGAAUGAUUUCAGCAGUACGGAUAUUCAAAAUGUUAUCAAUGUUUUAAAAUGUCAUUAAUUUUUAAUAAAUUUGACUAUUUUACCAUAGAAUUCGAAAAAUGUUGUCCUAAAUUAGUUUCCUCGUCGGUUUUUCAAGUUUU